GAUGCCUCUGGAUGUUCAAUGAUAGCACUCCUCCAUACUGGAGCAGCAAAGUUUCCCCAAAACUUACUUCCAAGGGCAAGACAAGCUGUGUGCUCCCUCCUCCCAGCUGGUGUUCUCAAAGAGUACAGCUCCAUCGUAAGCAGGAAACUGGCGUCCCACGGCUUUGGAGCUUCCAUGGCAGCAAUGUCAUCCUUCCCUCCACAGAGAUAUCACUACUUCUUAGUGCUGGAUUUUGAGGCUACAUGUGAUAAACCACAGAUUCAUCCUCAGGAAAUCAUCGAAUUCCCUAUCCUGAAGCUGAAUGGCAGGACGAUGGAGAUCGAAUCCACCUUUCACAUGUAUGUUCAGCCUGUGGUGCAUCCCCAGCUUACGCCCUUCUGUACAGAGCUGACCGGGAUUAUUCAAGGCAUGGUGGAUGGGCAACCAAGCCUCCAGCAAGUGCUUGAGAGGGUUGACGAGUGGAUGGCGAAGGAAGGCCUCUUAGAUCCCAGCGUCAAGUCGAUUUUUGUGACCUGUGGAGACUGGGAUUUGAAAGUGAUGUUACCAGGACAAUGCCAGUACUUAGGGCUGCCGGUUGCUGAUUACUUCAAACAGUGGAUUAAUCUGAAAAAGGCGUACAGCUUUGCCAUGGGGAGUUGGCCAAAGAACGGGCUCUUAGACAUGAACAAAGGACUGAACCUACAGCACAUAGGGAGGCCUCACAGCGGGAUAGAUGACUGUAAGAACAUCGCCAACAUCAUGAAGACACUGGCCCAUAGAGGCUUCAUCUUCAAGCAGACCUCCAAACCCUUUUGAUCCCCAAGGCAAGCCAGGCAAGGGCUG